AUGAGCUCGCAUAAAACUAAAGAAGAGGAUGAAGUCCCCCAGGCACAACGGCCUCCGUCACCCCCGUUGCAUACAACACCUGCUGCAAGGGGCGUACAUUAUCCCAACUUCUCCGCUUUUAGACCCCGAGACGUCCGGAUACCCUGUGCUCAAGGGAUGAACCAUGUCGCAUGGAGCUGUGAUGGACGAAGACUUGCCGCUGUGGGCAUUGAUAAAAGCGCGAGAGUCUUCAUGCCCGAAACCAGCAUGGAACCCCGCCAAGCGUCCCUGUUCUCUAGCGCACACAAAGACGACGUGGACUAUGUCAGCUGGAACCCGACACACCCCGACUUGUUCUGCACGAGCAGCUCGAAAGACCGACAGGUCGUGUUCUGGGACGCGAGACAAUCGCGACACACGCAAGCGAUCUCGCUGCGGUUUUCGCCCUUAUGGACCGACUACUCGCCAGAUGGACGUACCCUCCUAUAUGUCUCUGCGGGACAUAGUCUAUACUUUCUCGAGUAUGGCUCGGUCGGGGACGAUCCGAAAGAAAAGUGGCAUACAAGUGACAAAGACUCGCCUGUAGCGUCUACUGCGACCUGGAACCACACGGGGGAUGCCAUUGUCCUCACGCAUCACCAGGAAACUACGCUGCGCGUGCUUGAGUAUCCGAGCUUGCGCCUCCUGGAAAAACCUGCUGCGCAUGUAGCGGGUUGUAUGGCCGUUGCCUUGGACCCCAGGGGAGGCCAUCUUGCCUCUGGUGGGCGAGACUCUAUCGUCAACAUAUUCGAUUUAUCGGAAUGGAUAUCAGCAAGGACGAUAACAGCCUGCGAUCGCUCGAUUACCGCGCUGAGUUACUCGCACGACGGCGAAUACCUCGCGAUCGCCAGUGCGGGCAGCUACAUCGAUAUCUGUGCGACAGAGACGGGCGCGCCGUUGCACCGCGUCCCCGCUCUCGGGGCGUCGCAGACUGUAUCAUGGCAUCCGUCCAAAUAUGUCAUCGCAUACUGCGGACACGCUGUAGGACAAGAAAAGGGGGCGUCACCUAGCGCCGUAAUUGGUUUGUUUGGGCCGGGCAUGUCGAACUAGAUGUGCAUUUGUGGUGGACCCUAUAUCGCAGCGCCGUCGCUGCUGUGAAAAUUCGUUGUCCCUGACGUAGCAGGGCGAGAUCAUGCUCAACCGUUGCUGAUCGACGCUCCAUGAAUAAUUAGAUAUUAC